GCGCCCCUCCAGGAACUCGCGGUGGCCCUCGCCCAGGCCGAACACGCAGGCCUGCAGAGACGCCACCCCGCCAAAGCCGUGGCCCGCGAAGAGCUCGCGGAAGCGCCAGAAGGCGCCAUGCGCGGGACUGGGGCGACCCCUUCCGGAAGUGCUCGGCGCGUCCAGCGGCCACCUGGCG